AGUGAGUCGAGAUCUUGCAUCUUCGGAACGUUUGGAUCGUUAUUCGAUAAUUUUCUUUCCUAUAUUGAUUUUCAUUAUGUGAUAGUGUGUUCGGAAAAAGAUAUUAAAUAUUUUAAUUUCAUUAAUUUUUUAAUUAAUAUUGCCUUUGGAAUUUCUACGAAAAAUUUCAAACAUAUGAUUUCGUUUGAAUCUUAAAAAAGAAAAGAUUACCAUCAGUGUUAUUUUAAUGUUGAUAAAAAAAGUUCACGAAACCAAUUACAGAUGGCCCUCAAACAACGCGAAGUUAAAGAUAUUAAUUUUCGGCAUAAGUUGAGAAUCAAUGUAAAAUUGUAUAUUCAUUGUAUAAUUUUCUUAUAAUAAAAUAAGUAUAAAAAAAUGAAUUAGAAAAUUAGUUUAAGCAAAUAGAUUGAUUAAACAAAGUGUGAGAAAAAGAAAAUGUAUUAUCGUGCAUAUAUGUGUUAAAUAUAAUUUAUAAUUUAUAAACAUUGUGAAAUUUGUUAGGAAAAAAUCUGUCUAUUUGAUGAAAAAAUGUCGAACAUGACAAGCGUAUUAGUGAAAUUGUGUAUCCUGAUGCUUCUUUAUGAAUAUGCAACAUGUUUUGUUAUCCCGGAAGAGUUGCCAACGAUACUUUCGUUGAUAUAUUCCAACAUUCCACCAAUCAAGAAAGGUACCGAUUCGAGAAUAGGCAUUGGUUUCCGGCUUGGCGAGCAUGCAGAUUUUCAAAUGUUAUUUGAAUUAGGACCACAAACGGAAACUGAACCCAUUGGUAAUACAGAUACUAAAAGACGUCGAGAUGCGAUGCUCAGCGCAGCAGUGAAAGGAGAUCUAGGUCCAUUAGCUCAAGCGGUGGCUAAAUAUCAAUUAGAACGUAAAUUGCGGAAAGAAUUGGAAAAAUUAGAUAUGAUGGAGAAGAAAUUAAAAGUGGUUACGUCGGAAAAUGAUAAUAAGAAAACUGCAGGCAAUGAAUGGUUAACUAAGUGGAGCAAAGAAAUGACAAAAUCAACCGAGGAUCAAGCAUCUAUGGAACAUAUUUCAAGCGAAAAGAACAAAUCAUUUGUAGAAACUCAAAGAAUAGGACGUCCUCCAGAAUUGAAUAGCAAUAAAAGUACUAUUUCUGAUUUAAAGAAAUUAUAUAAAUCCCAAAGUGCCAUAGAAGAAAAAGAAAACUGAAGAAUUUAUUUAUAAUAUGUUAGGAAAUAUAUUUUUUUAGAUAUUUGUAUUUAAUAAAAAUUAUGAAUAAGUAUACGUAUACGUAUAAUGAAAGUAAAUAAUGAAAAGCAUAAAUUAAUUAUCAUUACUUUUAUAAAGGAAACAGUUGCCAAUUAACAUGUUAAUUCAUAAAAAUUUUCUUCUCACACAUAAGAAAGGAAUACAAGUAUUGGAUUUUUGUUUUAUGCAAAAAUAUAUGAAUAUAAUGAAUAAUAAUUAUAAUAAUUUAUAAUUCAUUUUAUAAUUAUUUCUUUGAGAAAGUAUAUUACUAUAAUUAUUUUUAAUAAUCAAAAUAUUACUAUUAUAAUUUUCAAUUAAAAAUUUUAAUAAUGAAACAUUUGACUUCUAAUAAGAGACAAAAUCAAUUUUAUUCAAUAAUAAAAUUGUGUUCAUUCUUAUUUAUUUAAUAUGCUUUACAUAUACAUAUAUCUUGUAAGAACAUAAUAAUAGAAAAUAGUACUAUUAAUGAUGAGAUUAAUAUUCUUUUAAAAUCUUUAAACACAUUCUAUUUUUUUCUUUUAAAAAAAUUUUAAAAUAAUAAAAUUAAUUAUGCAUUAUGCUAUUUGUCCUAAAUUUUAAUUUUUUUUUAAAAAUAAAAUAGUAAAAAAAUAUGAAAAAGAAUCAACAUUUUGAUAUUUCGAUUUUACUAUGAAAAUAGAUUUUGUAGCUUUGCGAACAUGAAAUUUAUGCAUAUAGAAAAAAUGAUUCUAAAUAUUUCUUAUAUCGAGGAAGUAUCAAGUAAUUAUUUAACAGCAGCAUAAAUAAUAAUAAAAAAUAAAUAUAAUAAAAAGAAUGAAUUAUAAAGAAUACUAAAUAAAUAAUUUUGAAAAUUUAUUGCAUAAUUGCUAUACAUUUUUAUAUGAUGAUUAAUAUUUUGAAUAUAAAAAUAUAUUAUUAAUAUUAAUUUAACAAAAUAUUUUGAUAAUGAAAUGAAAUUACUUUUAAAAAAUUUGUUAAAACUAUUAUAAAUAAUGUUAUAUGCUAAGUAAUAGAACAUUGAGAAUUCUAUUGCUAAAAUAUCAUUUGAACUUCAUUGUAUAAUUAAAUUAAAAAAUAAUAUAAAAUAUUAA